GCCAGAGGGACUAGGACGCUCGUGGAGGUUCGAACUGAAGACGACGCGGCGCCUUUUUUCCUCCAUUUUUCCCCUCCACGACCUGACACCUGCCCCAUGCCUCUCCUCCAGGGCCAGCCUUUCAGACUCAUCCAGCCCCCGGAGGAUGCAGCCCCUGAGGAGGAGAUAUUCACCAUUCAACACACUGGGGAAAGAUUCAGGAGCAAGAGUGACUAUGAGGACCGACUGGCACUGUACAGUCAGAGCAUCUGGACAUGUCAGUGCAGUGGCAAGUCUGGCCUGACUCACCAAGAGGCCUGGACCAGCGAGGCCAAGGUCCGGGUCCUCCUCAACUCUUCCUUCCCUGAACCACUGCUGCCGCCCAUCCUUAGAACAAUACAUCACAGUACAAUGCCUCUGGACCAGCUGGUGGAGGCUGCCUCAACACUGUGCUACUCUCGCUUUCAUCCCGGAGAGGAGCUGACUCUGCUUGGCCCACAACCGAUUCAAGUACAGGUGCAGCGGGUGCGGGAGGACCCCAGCCACACACUCAAGACAGAGAAUGGCACUGGUGCACAGGUCUCCCUCACCACCCCAACUACACCCACCACCACCACCACCACCAACACCUCACCACUUGUCAACGGGUGCAACAACAGCUCCCCCGAGAGUGUUGUCAGUGGUCACAUGGCCAAUGGCACUGUGACCUCUAAUGGCACUUCAGGACAGGAAGAGGCUAGUCCCCCCAGUGCUCCAGGGAAGGGAGGGGGCAAGGAGGAGGGGUCACCAGGUAGGAAGCGAAGUGCCUCGACUCCUCUCCUGCAACACCUCCUCUACGAUGUGAAGGUCAUCGGUGAGGACCGGGUCAUCACAGACGUCCCCGCCACCCACCUCCAGCGUACCUACCGGGUUCCCCCAAAGGAGCAUUUUCGUCUCUUUGUGCGUGCUAAUGCCAUCCGGCAACGGUCCAGUGCCUACACACCCUGGAUUGUGACAGAGGAUUUGGUGAAGCGGUAUGGUAUCCCCAACAAACUUGCUUCCAUCUUCACCAAUCCAAAGGUCAGUCCUGUGGGUAGGAAGCGGAAGGCUGAUCCAGCGGCCAGUGAAGGAGCCAUCAAGAAGAUAAAGGCUGUGGAGCAGACAGAUGUCAGCCUUAAACAACCCAAAGUGGACCCACCACCCACUUUGCAACAGCAACAGCAGCAGCAGCAGCAACAGCAACAGAAACAGCAAACGCCAACCAAGGGUCGGCCAGGUCGCAAACCAGGAUCCAAGAACAAACCCAAAGAUCCUAGUACACCCAGGAAGAAGCCUGGACCUAAGCCGGGAUCAAAACGCACCCCCAGGACACCUAAGACAGGCACACCCCAGCCAUCAGCGAGGGUCAAAGUGAAAACUGAAGUAAGUGACAGUGAUGAUGAUGUGGCUUUGGCAGUGCUGGCAGGCCAAGCCAACCGCCAGAUCAAGGUGGAGAAUGGUGCAGGCCAAGCCCCGAAGGAUGCCGCCCGUCAAUCACUUCCCAGAAAGCGAGAAAUCAAGAUGAGCCAAAAGAUGCGGCAGGCAACAUUGUUUGACAUGCGCACUCCCACCAAGAAGCCCAUGGGCACUCCACUCACCCCCAGGAAGUCUACCCAUGGCAGGACCCCGAAUCCUGAAGCAGUGAUGCGAACACCCAUCAUGAAGAAAAUGGCACACCAGUAUGCCACCCUGAAGGGCCUGAAGGGCACCGGGCGCAAGCUGGUUCACACCAUGGACCAGGUGCUCAAGAAACUCUCCCUUCAACAGAUUGAGGUUAUUCCUGACCCUGAGCUGCGUGCCAACAUCCUGAAGCGACACGAGCGCAUGCUAGAGCGGCGCUCGCUGGCCAAGAUGACACCUCAGGAGAAGGAGGACUACAUCAAACAAAAGGCCAAGGAAGAAGCUGAAAAGCGACAACAAACUAAAGAGGAGCUUAAUCGCAAGAUAGAAGACAAGCUGCUGGCGAACCUAAAGCCCCUUCCUGCUCCUCAGAUUGUCCCCACACCUGAGGAGAUCCCUAACUCCCUGUUUGGUGACAUCACAAUGGUGGUAGAGUUUGUAGAAUGCUAUAAUGAGAUUAUCAAGACUGACAAGAAGAACUCCAUCUCCUGCAGUCAGCUAAUGCAGGCCCUGGCGGCAGGGCAAAAGGGCUUUCGCUUUCUGGCAGAGGUGAUGUGCCUCCUGCUGCACAUGGUAGUGGCUGAUGAUCGAAUUGGAAACAGUAAAGAAUUAGGAGUGAAAAUGCGCUCAUUGCCUGUCCACUACCAGACUGCUGCUGAGCUGGCCCGCCUCUGUCUGAGCCGGAAAGACUUCUCUGAUACAGCCAGCCAGCACUCUGAUGACAAUGCUGAAGAAGGGGAGGAGCAAAAUGAGCUCUCAGAGGGGCUGAUUCACAAACUGGAAAGCAGUGAACUGUAUGAACUUCAACCAGCUGAGAUAAUAGCAGUGCUGAAGGCUCUGUGUCACAGUGUAAAUGCUUCUGAUGCAGCAGCUGACCAUGUGGAGGAGAUAGAAGAGAAGGCGUACCAGCUUUAUAAAGAGCGGGCACAGAUCAAGAAGUUCAAUAUGAAGGAGGAGAUGGAGCGUAAGAAGGAGCGACGGCAGGAACGCCUCAAAAAGAAGAUGGAGCAGAGCGGUGCUAGAAAGUCCCCUGGUCGUCCCAAGGGUUACAGCCCCCAGAAGGCACCCAUAACCAUUGAUAGUUUCUAUAGCAAGAAGGAAGAGCAGGACUUGACUACUCUAUCCCCGAGGGAGAGACGGAAGCGCCUCACCCCAGAGGAGGUGUUGAAGGAAAAGGAAAAAUCCAAGAGCCAAUUGAAAGAGCAACUGAUGAAAGAGGAUGAAGACAAGCGGCGGCUGUUUGUGGUGGUGGAAUGUGAGCGGGUAAUGUUACAGAAGGAAAUGCUGAUUCGCCUGCAGCCUCUUGGCCUUGACCGUAACCAUGACCGCUACUGGCUCUUCAACAACACCACACCAGGCCUUUAUGUAGAGAAAGGCUGGGUUGACCAUCACUCCACCUACUGCACCCAGGAUGACCGGAAAAGUUCACAAGAGUCUUCACGUCCUGAUAACUUGCAGGAGUCGAGCUCAGACUCAGAUGACAAACCUCUCUCAGCUAUCAAGGAGGAGCUGACAGGAUCCAUAAAGAAGGAAAGCCAUCUGGGGCGACCAAAGAAGCAGACAGUGGAUGAGAAGACUCAAACAUUCCCUCCAGUUGGACAGAACUUGUGGUUUUAUUAUGAUAACAUGGAGAAGGUGGAUGAACUGUUAGCAGCUCUGGCAGAGAAGGGCCACCGAGAGUCUAAGCUUAAAACAACUCUUGUGCAGGUGAAGAAACACCUUGAAGCCAACCUAGCCACCAAAUGGGAACCGCUGGAUGACCUUGAGGAUGGAGCACUGCAGCUGGUGGAGACUCUAAGGGAGGACAUCAUCCAGAUUGAGCGGGAACUAGCCGAGGGCUGGCUUGGGGCUGUGUCAGACUUUGAUGCCUGGGAGGCUAAGGCUCUCCAGGCAAGCACACUGCAAGAGCUUGGGGAAUGCUUGAUGGAGGCACAGAAGAACAUGCACAACAAAUAUCUCAAGGGUAUGAUGCAGCCCUCCAAGAAGUUAAUUCCAGUACCUGCAGCAGAAGGCUCUGAGGCACCCACAGAAUAUGAGGAGAUGGAUAGCACAGGAACUCUGCAGUGGCGUGAAGCUGUACUCAAUUGCCAGACCUUCUCCCGGAUGCACAUGCUUGUCGGAAUGUUUGACUCCUGUAUCAAGUGGGAGAAGUCUAUUGCCACCAAGAAGUGUAAAGUGUGUCGGCAUCAGAACAACAUGACACCGUUGGCCAUCUGUGACCGCUGUGAGGUGAGCUACCACUGGAGUUGUCUGCGGCCUCCUAUCAAGGAUGAUCCUGAAGAACCCUGGCUCUGCCCCGGCUGUCGACCCAAACCUGCCAGUAUGCAACGGGAGAGAAGGAAGGUGAUGGAAGAGACUGAGGAGAAUGGAGAGAAGAAAGAAAGAGAGAAGGAGAAGGUGUGUCGGGUUUGCCUGCGUGGCUUGGGACUCAUCUUCUGCAGCUUAUGUCCUGCUGCUUACCACUCAGAGUGUCAUGACCCUCCAUUGCAGACCAGGGCCAGAAAGGACUGGGCUUGUGUUGACUGCACCAACAAGACCAAGAAGAGAGGCAGUAAGAAUAGUACCAGUCGAUCACGUCAAGAGCCCUUUGAGGAUUCACCUCCCAUGAUCCCUGCACCAGUAAUCAGAACUGCCAACAGAUACACAGAGACCACCACCACCACCAUCAUCAGCACCACCACUACCACUGCUGCCACCACAAAGAGCAGCAGUUCAGCAUCCAGAAGCAGCAGCAGCAGCAAUAACUCCCGCCGAGCCAAGGCCAAGCAGGUGAAGUUUGAAAUUGAGGCGAGUCGACGGAGUCUGCGGCAUGUGUCUCGAAGGAAGUAUGCAGAGAGUGAGGAGGAGGAAGAGGAAGAGGAGGAUGCAGAAGAAAGUUAUGACUCUCCCUCCAUCAGCCAGAGGAGAAGUUCAAGGAGGACUACAGCAAAGAAGAAGAGCUACAGAAUAGCUAGUGAUGAAGAGGAAGAUGAGGAUGAGGAGGAAGAAGUGGAGGAGGGGGAGGAGGAGGAGGAGGAGGAAGAAGAGGAAGAGGAAGAGGUGGCAGAAGAGAAGCAGGAGAUAUUUGAAGAGGAGGAUAUUGAAAUGCAAGAAGAGGAGGAAGAGACUGUGGAAGAUGAACAUGAUGAAGCAGAGGAGGAGGAGGAGGAAGAGGAGGAAGAAGAAGAAGAAGAGGAGGAGGAGGAAGAGAAGAUUGAGACUGGAGGAAUUCAAAAUGAAAAUGAGGAGAUAGAGGAUGAAGAUGAAGAGGAAGAGGAGGAAGAGGAUGAUAAUUAUGGUGAUGCAGAAGAGGAAGAAGAGGAAGAUGAAGAGGAGGAAGUGCAUUUACCAGGACGGAAGGUGAAAGUAAAUAUCCAUUAGAUGAAGAAGAUGAAAAGGAAGAAGAAGAGGAGGAAGAAUAUCAGGAAUGAUAGCAACAACCAGAGCAACAGCAACAAGAGUGUACAGAGAAAAAUAUGGGUGAUGCACCCGAGUAGAAAGAUUUUGAUUAUAAUGAUGGUAGUGACCAAGAAACUGCAUAAUAUGUUGCACUUUUAACCUGCACUCAUCCAUAUUAGAUUUAGGGAAAGGAAAAGUAGGUAUAUAAGAAAGUAAAGUGUGAAACUGCCUUGUGUCCCAGAUGUAUCCAAUCACUGCUUGACUCUUCCUCUCUCGUCAGCAAACAAGUGUGACAAUUUUUUUGUGUUGCACUCUGAAAGAAAGUGAAAUGUUCCUAGUUGCAUUAGGGAAAAGUUUCCUUACUGUGUGUUGCACAUGAGACAAGUUGAAAGUGUUUUUCUGUGUUGCCAUGGUUAGGAGAGAAAAUUGAGAGGUGUAUUUUGUGGGAAUGAAGUUGUGAAGUGCAUUCAUUACUUAGGGAAGCAAAAUGAAUAAAGUUUCUUGUCUUAGGUAAAAGCCAGGAUGUAUAUUGUUUGGGAUAGCUACUCACAUUAUUUUGGAGGAAGAAAAGAGUGACAUGGCCUCUCUUUACAGAUGAAAAUUAUGACCAUCUCCAAAAAAAAAGAAAUGAACAGAAACCAAUAACUUGCCUGCAUUUAGUACAUUUAUCUGCCUCAUAGUUACAAGGGCAUCAUCAAGAACAAAGGACUAAAUAGGUUAGUGUUUUCUAUUGUCAGUUGAAUGAGGUGUCCCCUCCCUGCCCUAACCCACUUUUUUCCACCACACUGGAUAUUAUAAUGAUUUGAUACCUCUGCACCUCCUUGCACCCCUUCACCUUUUCCUCCUUUGUCCUCUUCAUUCUUAUGUGUCACUAUCUUCAUAGCUCUACUUAGACGGCUCUCACUGUAAGGGAUGCUACGUCACAUGGGUCCCAGACAAAGAGUAAUCAGUGAUCUACUCUUUCUGAGAAUUGCAAUAUCUUUUCAUUCUCAUGGUUGUAGCUUGAAAUGAAUGUGCUUAGCAAUCUGCUGACUUUUUUCCCCACAUACCUUUGAUCUGUUGCCACGCUUUGGCAUCAUUCCACAAGAAGAGGAAGAGAUUUCAUGUCAUCUCUUCAAGAGCUUAAUAAGUGCAUUUAGUGGCUCAUUCCCACCUCUGCUUUCUUCAUUUAUGGGUUUACUAGUGUUCAUAAUAUUUCUUUCAAUUCUUGGUUAAAUCCUCAUCUUGUUCCUCCAUUAUUAAUGAAGUGGGAGAGAAGACUCUUGCCUUCUUAGGAAAAUGAAUCUUAUCUCUUCCAUCCUAUCCUUUAUUUGGUAUGAUGAGUGUCUGUAUAUGCAUCAGAGUGACAGGAAGUGGUUCUUACCUUAUGGAGCGGGAAAGAGUUUCCACUUCUUUUUGCCUCUACUAAUGACACACAUGUAUUCAGACAUUUUUUUCUCUCCUUUCUCUUGACUUACUCACUUGGUUUAGGGAAGGGGUGUACCUUUUAACUAAAAGGGGUUGGUCUUGUGAUACUUAUGUAAAUAGUCUUCUAUAUGUAUUUAUUUACCUUUGUUUUAAGCUUUUAUUUAGUGCCUCAUUGAGAAUGGCAGCUUUAUCCUGUCUGGAUCCCAUAAGUUGCCAGUAAGUAAACUGGAUAUGACUGGCAGUUGGGCUGGACACUAAAUCAGUUUCCCAAGACCGAGGUAGCAGCAUCACACACUUCCCUUGUAUACAUGUCACUCUUCAGUUCCAGAAUCCAUUCACUUGAGCACAUAUAGAUUAACCUAGGAAGCUUAGCAUGUGUGGAACAGUAACAGAGAUUGAGAUACACACACACACACACACACACACACGGACAUACCAAUAACUUAUGUAGGAUUUGUAGUACUAUUGCAGGUUGUGAGACAGGAAGGCAGUCUCCAUGGACUCAUAAGGUCACAUCCCUUUUCUUUCAACAUUAUUAUCUGUUGAAUCAGAAAUGCAAUGUCCCUCUAACUUAUAGAACAGACUGCACAUGUAAAAAAGAAGGGAAACUGAAGAUGGAGAAAUGCACUCUUUUGAAACCAAUGGAGCAGUGUAUGGUGCUGCCUCUGUCACACGUUGGAGGGAGGAAAGGCGGCAGUGAUGGUUGCUGCAGUGGCCUAGGCAGUGCUCGCCACCCAUAAUGAUAAAUCAGCCUUCACAUUGUCUCUUUCCUCCUGAUAACAGGGAUAUUUCAUUAUCGUUUGAUUGCAUAUGUGCUCGCCAUUUUAGGUAGAAUCCAAUGUUAUUUCAUAUAUAUAUAUAUAUUUUAUAAUAAUAAUUUUUCUGCCGCCA